AUGGACUCGACAGCAUCCAUAUCUUAUGAGCGCCAUUCUGCUUCGAGUUCCUAUGCCCCUGAAGCUGGACCUCCACCCGCGCCGACGGAACUGCCUCCGGUCCAGGAGCACCGUUCCUCUCCUUCCAGUCCGCCGCCAGGAAAUAUUGAUCCCAAUCUCAUCGAACCAACCACCGCCAAUGCUACUGCUGCCGCUGGGCCUCGACCAGUCAGAAAGCGAAACCGAAAGGCUCUCUCGUGUAAACCAUGCCGGAACAUGAAAGUAAAGUGUGAUCGGUCCAUGCCCUGUGACCGAUGUGUCAAGAAUAAUAGGUCCGGAGACUGCAUCUAUGAUGGAGAGCCAGAGUCGAAGAAACUGUGCGUUACAGGCACAUAUGACGAACCUGUUGCUGGUAAACCCCAGGCUGCUUCUACUAAACCUACUCCCGUCGGGCCACUCGACAAGUUCAGCCUAUAUGUGCAGAAGGUUGGGACAGCCAUCACUCAUUAUAAGCGUGGGAAAGCAAGAUAUGUUGGAGGCACGCAUUGGGUUCAUAUGUUUGGGGAAUUCGAGGAAAUCGGACCGUGGUAUAUACAGAGAAUGAAAGAUUUCGCAACAUCGCGCAGGGAGAUCAAGAAUCUCAAAAAGUAUUUCAAGAACAAAAACCGUCACAACUUCCCUUUCUCGAGCGGUCUCCAAAUUCCCCUUACAAUUAACGAUAUACCGUCUCUGCUCCCUCAACGUCAUAUUGCAGACCGGUACAUAAACCGUUACUUGGAAACCUUUGAGGUAACACAUCCCCUUUUCCACGAACCUGCUUUUCGUCGAGAGUUGGAUUCUUUCUGGCAGGAUACCAUAAACGAAUCUCCAAAAGAUGCUUUUAAUGCCGUAGGUCCGGCAUGGGUAGGGACGUUGUUCAUGAUGAUGUUCCUUGGUUGUUGGUUCAUGCCCCUUUCUCAAGAGACGGAGAAGAAUCGUGAUGUCUUGGAUCGCCUGCUGGAUGGAGCACAAGCUUGCAUGAACCUGAGUAGUAUUCGGGCGAGGAACACGGUUCACGUUGUCCGUGCAUACUGUAUGGUUGUUAUAGCGAAACAGUGCGAUGCCUUAUCACAUUCGGAUUCAAAUGUGGUAUCUGUGACGGUAGCUAUGAUCACACAAAUCGCAAUGAUGGCGGGCAUUCACCGCGACCCGGAUCAUUUUAAAGACAUGCCACCCUUGGAGAAAUUCAUUCGCCGACGGGUGUGGAACACCAUACUCUAUAUGAAUUUUCAAAAUAGUAUGGAUGGUGGGAUGCCAUUCCUUCUAGGGCCGAGUGUGUACGACUGCCCUGCGCCCUUAAACCAAAACGACAACGACGUGGCCAUCGAGCCUGCCGCCACAGGCCCAGAUAAUAUGGAACCAGGGAGCUGGCAUAAGCCACCCCACAACCAAACGACAUCGUUACAGCAUCCUAUGACUGUAGUUACGGAUUGUGCUCAUCAAAUAAUCCUUCGUUCAAUUCUUUCGAUCGGUACGGAAAUUAUAACGCCACUCAAUAACGCCAAUGCCGAAGUACUUCCUUAUGAUGCGGUCAUGAAAUACGAUUACCGGCUUACAAGGAUACUUGAUGACCUCCCGGAUUCCCUCAAUCCCGAUCGCUAUGGUGCAAGUGGAUCGAGGCUUGACUUUCGAGCCAGACUGGCGACACAACAGCGAAUGAUCGAGUUCUUCAUCCGUUCUAUCCUCCUAGUACUUCAUCGACCGUAUGCCCAGGGUCCGGACAGCAAAGAACAGUAUCCCAACAGCUAUUUUGCAGCCCUCAAGCAUGCGACUACUUUCAUAGCAAAGAGGAAACAGCUCUCUCUCGACAAAUCUGUCAAUUCCGUCAACGGGAUUUGGAUUGCCGAAGUCUUCAAGGAAAUGUUCACACUUUCCUUCCUCCUAUGCUAUGCUGACAUACGCAGACGAGAUAACAUUGAUAUUCACAAUGAUGAUAAGUACAGAAGCAUUCUAGACAGCCAAGAAAUGGGUGAAAAAGAGGCGGUAAUAUCAGAGCAUCAUUUCCAGCUCUUCAUUGCUACCGCGCUCAAAAUUCCGUCGUUGGUUUCAGCCAAAGAAGGUAAAGCGGUGAUAUUUUCAGAGGAAUAUGUCGCCAGUUUGAACGAUUCAAUACGUAAUGCUGCACAGAAAGUUAGGAUCGCUCUGGGGCUCCCACCGCCUAACUCGGAUGAGAAAGGCCAGGCUUCCGGAGAUGGAGAGCAGAGCACUAAAGAAGGCGCCCCUAGUAUGAUAACGAACUCGGAAACGGUAACUACCGACUCUCCGGGAGCGGAUAUAACACCUGACCUUACAUCUGCAGCAGCACGGGCGGUCGACAUGGCGGAUUUACGGGAUAAAACCCAUUCGCAACAGAUAUCUAGUGGCGGUGAGCAGUAUGGGCCGAUACCAUCGGCGCUAUUCGAUUCAAUAAUGAAUGAUCCCAACCUCAUGCUUGACGAGUUCUUUACAUCAUUUGUGUUUGGCGGGUUUCAAUAA